AUGGCGCUGCUUGCGGGCAAGAUCGUGUGCAUCACUGGCUCAUCAAGAGGGAUCGGGAGGGCGUGCGCACUCGAGUCAGCCAAACAUGGCGCUACUGGGCUCCUCCUGCACUAUUAUGGUGACGAAGAGACGGAGGCGGAGCUCCAAACAUUGAAGGCGGAAGUCGAGCGCAGCCAUUCUCAGUGUCGGGUAGUAUGUGUCUCCGGAGAUAUCGCUGACCCUGCGACUUCAACCAAGGUCGUCGAGUCCGGCGUCCGUGAAUUCGGCCGUAUUGACGUCCUUGUCAGCAACGCAGGAAUAUGUCCCUUCGCCGAGUUCAUCACAAUGCCUCACGCUUUGUGGGAGCGUACGCGGGCAGUAAACCUUGAUGGUACAUUCUACAUCGUCCAAGCUGUGGCAAAUCAGAUGAAAGCCCAAGUGCCACAAGGAGGGGCCAUCGUUGGUGUUGCUUCGAUUUCAGCUCUUGUUGGCGGAGAGUUCCAAUGUCAUUAUACCCCUACCAAGGCCGGCAUUUUGUCUUUGAUGCAGAGUUGUGCAAUCGCUCUUGGGAAGUAUAACAUUCGCUGCAAUGCGGUCCUCCCUGGCACAAUUGCCACAGACAUAAACAAAGAAGACCUCGCAAACGACGAAAAGCGAGAGUAUACGAUCAAGCGAACCGUCCUAGGGAGACUCGGCGCACCCGAUGAUAUAGCUGGACCUAUGGUGUUUUUAGCUAGCGACCUGGCGAAAUACGUCACAGGUGCCUCGCUGCUUGUCGAUGGAGGUCUCUUCGUGAACCUACAAUGA